AACUUUCCGUUGUACAACAGGCUACUUAGAGCUAAUCCAGCACACUUAUUUACCCUUAGUGGAACAGUAGUUGACCUUCCACUGCUUUUUUAACCAACAACAAAAAAACGUUUAUCUAGCGGCUGGUUAGCCGGACAGACGUGUCCGCUUGCUAACCAAACUUCUGUUCAAUAGACAAUCUCCGUGAGCAUCGCCGCUCUUGCUGUGGGUCUGCUGCUGCAAUCUGAGGUGAUGGCUAACAGUUUAGCCUGACUAUGACCUGACCUGCAAGCGUGUCCGCCCACUUCACCUGACCAGAGUGUGUAGGAGAGGUGGUGGCAUGCGUCUGAGCAGCAGCUGGAGGUGGCAGCUCUCCCGGGCCAUGAGACUGGCGUUGUGCUGGUGCCGGCUGUGCCGCCCGCAGAAAAAGGGCCGUGGCUGGGGAUUCAAGCCGUGGAUCAGCGGCAGGUUGCUGGAUCUGUGGAGCUACAGCAAGCUGUUGCUCAGGUCACUGUACUUCAACAGCCUCAGCAACGCCGACACGAUGCUCGACUGCGCGUUUGAACCCGUCUACUGGAUUGUGGACAACGUCACCCGCUGGUUCGGAGUGGUGUUUGUCUGUCUAGUUAUACUGCUGACCACCUCGGUUGUGGUCAUCGUCUACGUGUUUGUCCUACCCACAAUCCUCCGAACUUACCCUUUGCCCUGGGUGGUCUGGCACCUCUGCUGUGGCCACUGGCUUCUUCUGAUGGUGGUCUUCCAUUACUACAAGGCCACCACAACCUCCCCCGGACACCCUCCCAAGGACAAAGGUCAUAUUCCCUCAGUGUCCAUCUGUAAGAAAUGCAUCACUCCAAAGCCACACAGGACGCACCACUGCAGCAUCUGCAACACGUGUGUGUUGAAGAUGGACCACCACUGUCCCUGGUUGAACAACUGCGUGGGCCAUUUCAACCACCGCUACUUCUUAUCCUUCUGCCUCUACAUGACCAUGGGCUGCAUCUACUGCAGCAGCAGCAGCCAGAAACUCUUUCUGGAGGCCUACAGUGCUAUAGAGAGAUACUAUCAGACCCCUCCUCCGCCCGAUACUGUCCAAGAGACCACUGCUUACAAGAGUAUCAUCUUCCUCUGGGUGCUGACCAGCUCGGUGGCCGUCGCUCUUGGAGGACUCACCCUUUGGCACAUCAUCCUCAUCAGCAGAGGAGAGAGCAGUGUGGAGCGCCACAUCAACAAAAAGGAGAUCAAAAGACUCCGGGAGAAGGGCAAGGUGUUCAAAAAUCCAUAUCAUCAUGGCACGAUAAACAAUUGGAAGUUACUGUUGGGUGUGGAGAAAAGGAGUCACUGGUUCACGCGGGUCCUCCUGCCUUCCAGCCAUCUUCCCAAUGGGGACGGCAUCAUGUGGGACUGCACCUUCACCAGAAGAGACCCAAUGGCCAUCUGAUGCUCAGCCUUUUUUUCUCUAACCCAUAUGAAAAAUGUGUCACUGUUGUGACCAGCUUGGGAUGAAGAAGAGAAGCUCCUGCUGCUACCAUGCACUGACAUGGAAAGAGAAACUGUGCAGUUACACAAAUACACACAAGGUUUUUGCUGUGUUGGUAUUUGCACUGCUAGAAGCGGGACAUGGAAAUAACCGCUAGUGAUUCAUCAUCUUAGGAGCCGUUAUCCCAGCUGUCUCGAGUCAUCCUUGCACAGUAGGUCUUAUUGUAGACCUUGCCACCAGCCCACGUCAGCCUGCGACUGCAGCGCUGUUAGAUUUAUAAAUGGUGCUGCUGGCCAGCAUUGUUGUAAAACCCACACUUUUCUCUCACCCAUUUGUAAAGACAACAAAGACUUGGUGCUUCUCUUGGACUGAAAGUCUUGCACCACCACAUCCUCUUUAAGGCCCUAACACACCAAACCUGUAAUUGGCUGUUGGACAGUCUGUUGAGGUGGGCGACUCGAGUCUGUUUGGUGUGUUCUGUGCCGUCGGCCUUCAUUUUGGUUGAAAUGACUGGCUGGGUCGGAAGGCGGGCAGUUGGACUCAAUGACCAAUCUGAUUGGUGGAGUGCCAACCCGGAAAUGAGCAGGAUGAGUGACGAACGCCUCUCAAAAUAUGACCUAGGUCGCUAACUCAGGGGUUGUAGUUUCAUGUAGUGAUGGGGAUUUUGAAAAUGAUAACACGCAGAUAAAGGGAAGGGAGGAGAAUUCUGUCUGAUACGGCGGGCUGUUACGCAGUCUACAUCCUGCGAUUCUAAUGUGAUCAUGGUUCAUUGAUGAUAAAAUGCAAAAAAUAUAGCACCAUUAAAAAUUGACACCAUUGGUCCGUGACUCCAUGUUUAGUUAGAGAUUUGAGCUGAGACUGUCGAUUACUCAAGAACUCUGAGUUUUCAUGGUAUACAUUGUCCACAGCGCGGGUGUGUGUGUGGUCGGCUAAGGACAAAUCAAAGUGUUUCUUAAUGGGAGGCAAGCUUUGAGAUGAAAACCUAUUUUAAAUGUUAAAGCCGUGCAGUUGUUUAAAUGUUAUAAAUGUGUUUCAAGGUUUACUACCUUUGCAUGUUUACACCUACAAUAAUUUCUGUGUUUUUGGGAGCGAGAUUGAGAACCAGUCUGUCUUUAAGCUUCUGAUUUGAAUCUUCUGCUUACUUGCCAGGUGAGAUCAAGGAAAAAUGUACUUGUGCAACAAGUACAUUUUUCUCCAUCAUCUUUAACCUUUCUGUCUGACACUCAAAAAUAAAUUGUGUGCCUUGUUUGGUUAUUUAGCCUUUUAAAAUGAGGCUAUGUGAAAUGUAAUUCCCUUUUCAUAUUUCUCAGCCCAACAUCAGUAGCUUAUUGAUUGAUGGGUUGGAUCUGUAGUUGCCAUAGCUAUGACAUGUGUACCCAAUGGGAGCUGUGCUCCACUUUGAUUUAGGUUGUCUUUUUUUCAAUAAAACACCUGUUUCAUA